AUGCAGCAGAUACUCAAAAUCAAUCACGUUGGCUUGCGCGUGCGCAGCCUGGAGGUGACCCGCCAGUUCUACGAAAAGCUUGGCUUCGAGUUUAUCGUCGGUCCCAUUGGCCCGGAGCCAGUGGCUGUGAUGGAGCAUCCAAGCGGCGUCAAUAUCAACUUUAUUCUAAAUGCGAGUGAGGAUGUCCCGCCCGUCAAUCUCCUGAUGGACGUUGCGGCCAAACACACAGGAUUUACCCAUAUCGCAUUGGAAGUAGAUGAUCUGGAAGCGGUCGAGUUCGUAAUACGUGCCGCGGGCAUUGUGAUCACCGAAGCUGUGAGUUUGCCCAGUGGUGCGGAGUUCUUCUUCGUUCGUGAUCCAGACAACAACGAUGCCGAUAUCGUAGCUUUGGAUAUCAACGAUUAUGAGAUGCCGCUUUACAGUAGUGAUCGCGAAGCUGCGCAUGGCAUUCCCGACGAGGCCCACCGCUUCUACCAGGACAUUGGUGCAGCCGAUGCCCUUUUGAUCAGCUUUGCUGAACAUAACGGCUCCUAUACUGCAGCGUAUAAGAACCUCUAUGACUGGACUUCGCGCAUCGACGUGAAGGUCUACCAAAACAAACCUACGGUAAUGCUGUCGACAUCGCCCGGCCCCGGCGGGGCGGCAAAUGUGCUGGCAGCGGCUGCGACGUCAGCUCCCUUUUUUGGCGCGGACCUGAAAGCAUCGAUGUCAGUACCCAGUUUUUUCGAUAGUUUCGACACCACAAGCGGGUGCCUUAACGAUAGUGGACUGGUGAAGCAGUUGCGGGCCACAUUGUCGUAUCUGGUAGAGGCCGUAUGA